AUGGCUGCUGAGGGCGCGGAACCCAAAAAACGCAUUUAUGUCGACGGAGUCUUCGACCUGCUACACUGGGGCCAUUUGAAUGCGCUUCGACAAUCCCAAGAACUUGGCGGCAAUAUUAUAGUGGGGGUAGUCUCGGACGAUGAGGCGCGCAAUACCAAGGGAAUUGCUCCAAUUUACACUGCAAGCGAAAGGGCUGAGCUCAUCAGAGGAUGCAGAUGGGUCGACGAGGUCAUAGUAGACACGCCUUAUGAGGUGUCGCUCGACUUUCUUACAAAUGUAGCUAAGUGCGACAUGGUGGCGCACGGCGACGAUGUCGCAAUCGGGUCAAGCGGGAAGGACUGCUACGAAGAAGUCAAAAAUGCAGGAAAACUCGUCCACUUCAGACGCUCACGCGGCAGCAGCACGUCUACCACUCUCGGGAGGCUAGUCGAGGCGCUGACCAGCGACAGAUUCUGCCACUUUUCAUCAACCGAACGCAACGGGCAAGAUGCGCUCUCGCAGUUCAGAAGACUGGUGGAAGAAAACGAGGAGCAAAUGUCGCGCGAACAAUUCUCAGACGACGGGCUGCAAGCCAUAGAGAUGCAGCAACAAACGAACAAGAUGCACGUUAUGUUUCCGCGUUGCCGCACAAGCGCCACACUCUUCGCCAAGUUCAUUCCCAACACGCCAAAACCGCCAAACGCAAAGGUUAUAUACGUUGAUGGCAGCUUCGAUGUAUUCCACGUCGGACAUCUGAGAUUCCUAGAACGAGCAAAGGCACUCGGCGACUAUCUUAUAGUCGGCCUCUACGAUGACCAGACAGUGAGGACGAUAAAGGGUAAUCCGUUCCCGGUGACCCACCUCAUGGACCGCGCACUUACUGUCCUCGCCAUGAAGUGCACCGACGAUGUGAUACUAGGCGCGCCUUUCAUACCGUCCAAAAAUUACCUCGAGAACCUGGGUGUGUCGCUUGUUGUCACCGGCGACUGCAGCGACAUGCCCCUGAUGACAGGCGGAUUCGACACACAUUCGGUAGCACGAGAAAUGUCCAUAGUGCAAACGAUCGACUCCGGAUGCACUCUCACGAGUGCCGACAUCAUACAGCGAGUAUCCAGCAGACUUGACCAAAUAACCUCCAACGUUGAACAGCGGUGCAGAAGGGAAAAGGCCCUGUACCAUUAA